AUGGUUUAUCUUCAUUACUUUUGGACAAGUGAUCUAGUGAAGCGAAAAAAAAAAGAAAUUUCAAGGGAACUCUGUAAAAAGGCUGGAAUACUGGAUCGUCGAAGUAUUUCGCGAUCUUCACAAACGGUAGCUACCACAACCGAUUCGAUUUCAGUCGUUAAAUCGAGAUGUUUCGAAAAAGGUAAAUCUGGACAAACAAGUUUAUCAACAUCGAAGUCUUUUUAUGAUCGACGAGCUUUUUUCUCCAAACGUGAUCAUAAAGCAUUAUCAAAUGCCUCAAAUCAUCAAUUCGGAAACAAUGAAAGUAGCGUCAUAUCAGUGGCUGGAAAAUCUUUUCUAAGGCAUAUUAUUUGCGGUGAAGUGGAAUCAGAUGACGUUGAAAAAGAUUUUCAGAAAAAGACCAACGAUAGAUCUUGUCGUAUUGAUACGCUUGCCCAGUGUGAUGUCUUCAGACCUUUGGAACAUCGAAGGAUAACUAGUAGUCAGUCUGCUUUUACGAUCUCAAAGAGCUUCGAAAACCAGUCGAAAAAUUCGAUCUAUUUCGAUCGCUCGGACGGAUUAUCUUCAUCGAAAUUCAAGGAAUCUCAUUCGGCUCCUUUUCUAAGAACAUUCAAACCACUGAAAUCGACUAUCGCUGAAAGCAUACAACAAAAUGUUUCCAAGUUGAAUGGGCUCAGUUUGAAUCUUAAUGCUGGAUUGACUAAACCGGCGUUGAAACCAAAACCAUUAGCUUUACGGCGUGAACGAAGUGAUCUUACCGCUGGUUGCGUUCGCCGAAUCGCAAAUAAUUCUGAUCAAAACGGUGGUACUUUAAUGCGUAAAGCUUUAAUACCGCCGCAAGUGUGUUUGGAUGAAAAAGCUUUAAAAAAUUGUCUCGAAGAACUAAAACGAAAGAGAUUUCCUUUUAGUACAAAACAGCAGAUUGAUUUUAAAUUAUCAAAUAAGUGUUGUGAGCAACAAUCACCAUCAAAAGCCACAGCAGUUCCCAAUGAAAAAGGCAAAAAUUUUUCGCCCGUAUUCCGGCCUAACAAUCCAAGUUUUACUAGAAGUGAUCAACAUCGAUUGUCCGUACCAAAUCUCGCAGAUUUAACUCACAAUCUUAAUGGAAAUACCGCUAAUAGUGGUAUAGCGAUGACUGCGAAAGCACUUACAUCAAAACUUGGUCGAAACCCUGGUACAGGAGAAUUACAGACAAUAAAUGAAGGGUUAAUUACUCCGGUCGUUCGUCGCAAACAAUAUUUAAACGAUAUCACAACAGCAACAGCAAUAAUAAAUGCACCUGCAAACGAAAUAUAUAAUAUGAAGCCAUCGCCACCCUAUAGAAAAUCCAAUAAAGAAUCAGCAAUGAAUUUUAAUAUCAACGUUGAUUCGAAGAACGAUACUGCAGCUGUUGUCGAACACGAAUUCACCAAGAAGUAUGUUUUUUUAAAAUUAGUUGUCUGA